CAGCGGUCGAAGACGACGGCGAGGAGCAGAGCGCAGCGUCCGCCAUAAUUAUUUUUGACCGUCGAGCUCGCAGGUCACGCACUCAGCCGCUCCUCCGCCGGCGCCCCUGCCUAUCCCCGAGAGACUGUCCGUCCCCGCGAAACCGAAGCGAGAUGGCGAUCAACAUACCGGGCCUGGUGGCCAUCAUAUUCUUCUACCUCAUCAUCCUAGUGGUGGGCAUCUGGGCUGGCCGCAAGGACGAUACGCCGCGUCGAGGCAUGUUUUCAAAGAGCGUGGGCGAACAAUCCCACAUCAUGCUCGCCGGCAGAAACAUCGGGCUGUUCGUCGGCGUCUUUACUAUGACCGCGACUUGGGUUGGCGGCGGUUAUAUCAACGGUACCGCCGAAGUGGUCUACCUCAGCGGGCUCUCCUGGUGCCAGGCUCCCUUUGGAUACGCCAUCAGCCUGCUCAUCGGCGGAUACCUGUUCGCGGUGAAGAUGAGGAAGGCCGGCUACAAGACAAUGCUGGACCCUUUCCAGCAACACUUCGGCGCCCGCAUGGGCUGCCUGCUCUUCCUGCCGGCCCUUUGCGGCGAAGUGUUCUGGUCGGCCGCCAUCCUCGCCGCCCUCGGCGCCACCGUAGAGGUCAUCAUGGACUUUGAGCGCACAGAGUCGGUGGUCGCGUCGGCGUGCAUCGCUCUUUUCUACACGUUCACGGGCGGCCUCUACUCGGUCGCCUACACGGACGUCAUCCAGCUCAUGGCCAUCUUCUUUGGCCUGUGGCUGUCGUUGCCCUUCGCCAUGUUCCACGAGGCGGUCGGCCGGAUCUCCUACCCGAUGAAUGACUUCGUGGGUAGCAUUGACUCGACGGAGUUCGGCCUCUACUGGGACUCCAUGCUGCUCCUCAUGAUGGGCGGCGUGCCCUGGCAGGUCUACUUCCAGCGGGUUCUCUCGAGUCGCACGGCCGAAGGUGCCGAGCUGCUGUCGUACAUGGCGGCCUUCGGCUGCCUGUUCAUGGCCAUCCCGCCCGUCAUCAUCGGCGCUGUCGCCAAGGCGGCUAACUUCACGCAAGCGGGCUACACGAAGGCCGUUCCACUGACGGGCGAGGCGACGUCGCUGGCGUUGCCGCUGGUGCUGCAGUACCUGACGCCUGGCUUCGUCUCCGCCAUGGGGCUGGGCGCCGUCUCCGCUGCGGUGAUGUCCUCUUCGGACUCGUCCAUCCUGAGCGCGGCCUCCAUGUUCGCCUGGAAUAUCUACAAACUCGGAAUCAGGCAGAACGCUACGGAGAAGGAGGUCAUCAGUGUGAUGCGCGUGUCCAUUGUGCUGGUGGGCGCGCUGGCCACCUACAUGGCUCUCACGGCCGACUCCGUCUACGGCCUGUGGUACUUCUCCUCGGACCUGGUUUACGUGAUCCUCUUCCCGCAGCUCGUGUGCGUGGUCUACCUCAAGGAGUACGUAAACACGUACGGCUCCUUCGCCGCCUACGUGCUCGGCUGCUUCCUGCGCGCGGGCGGCGGCGAGCCCAUCUUCAAUAUACCUCCCUUCAUCAAGUACCCCUUUUACGACUACGAGCAGGGCACGCAGCGCUUCCCGUUCAAAACCUUCUCCAUGAUCAUCAGCUUCCUCACCCUGGUGGCGGUGUCCAGCGUCACCUCAUGGCUCUUCGCAGGUGGACGCGCGCCUCUCGACUGGGACGUGUUCGGCUGCUUUCAGCCCGGCGCCAAGGUGCUCGACAAGGUGCCCUUGGUUGAGGGCGCGGAAUUGAGGGCGCCUGCCGCUGUGGGAUCACCGCUCGCUGCUCCCGAGCCUGUGCUCCCGCCGACCACGGCGGAGACGUCUGCGAUUCCGGGCAGUAGUGCGUCGGCGUCGACUACACCUCGCGUCGCCGCAGGCAUCACGCCCAGUCGCAUAUCGCAGCACUCAGCUGAAAUGACGUCCAAGAGUCCCGGUGCACCAGCGAAGGGCGACGUCAGCAAGGACCUGAGCGAUACGUCGCCCAGCAAGCACAAGCGCAAGAACCCCCGCCCCUCCAGCCAGGAGUCAAGCAAGUUGGCGCAAAGCGACACCCCGCAGCCGCCGCAACCGUCGGCCGCGCACGAGACCACAACCGAGGAGAAGCACCACUGAGCUGCCCGGGUGCCGCCGCAUUCGGAGCGAACGCCACGUUGGUCGUGGUGGCAAUGAUGAAGAGAAAAUGCGCUCGCCUCUUGGGAACCAGUUCGACUUGGGCAUUAAUGCACGCAGCCGAUCCUCUCUAACCACGCAUUGUAGUACAUUUCGAGCGCUGUAGAGGUAAAGGUCCAAGGGGAUGCACCCAAGGAGCUGGAAGAUAUGCGCAGCCGUAACACGUUCCAUAGAGGUGUCCGAAGGCAACCGAUGCGUACGCGAGACGGGCCAUGGUGAGGCCGCAUGUUCACGAAGUUAGGUUGUGCGGGAUAUGGCGUUAGAGGCGUUGUCACUGUUGCAAGCGUCAGUGAUGCUUCUUUGUCUGCACACACAGAAUAUACUAGCUGUUCAGGGUUGACGAGACGAGACGGAAAGAAAUUCGGGGCUUACUUUUUCCGGGCCUAGAUACCGGGUGCGAACACUCUAGCACAUGGGCUGAGAACAACGGAUACACACUGAAGGAGGCGCGGCUGCUAUAAUUCUGAUUUGCACAGAUUUACGGUGCUAGCGCAGCAGACAAAGGCGCAAUGGCUCUUGAGCUAACGACGUGUAAGUGGAACAAGACGAGUGAUGAAAUUAGGCUUUGUUGCCUGAUAACGUGCCCCGACCCAGUUUGUUAUCAAUUCAUGUUUCAGUGAUAUACAAAGAUAAUAUUCUUAAUUUUCUAGUGCUUUGCGACAGGUGAUAUUCCAAUGUCGCACCUAAUUGCCAAUAUUCGUUUGUUCUUAGGCUUCACACGUUCGCGGAAGACGGUAUUCAUCUGCAUUUCAGGUUUCCACAUCCUUGCGAAGGAAGAUAUUCACCUUUCCGCAUCACACACAUGUUCUUUAGCGAAUCAGUUAAAUGAUUCUAGGAAUCGCUUCCGCCAUUUUUCAC